GUCAUCGUGCGCCACUGCUUUGACUCUGUACCUUUUGAUUACAGGGACGUUUACCGACAUUUCACAAAGAAGCGCCUGCAUUUUCGAAGGUCUCCGCGUAACAGCAGUGGGGUACGAUGAGUUUCGCUACUGUCAUCAAUUUUGGUAUUCUACUAUAGACAUAAUUCACACAUCAUAGAUUGCCUCGUACAUUUCGUACAAUCGUGUCUAGACUGCGGGUCUCCUUCCUUCAUACAGUAAACCCUGUCUGCGAAUGAAUGACUGCAUGGCUGGCCAUUUCGAUCCCGAUUUAUGGUUAUAAUAGCGUUGCUAAAUUUUUUGUGAGAAAAAGCACAUAGCUGGUACAAUCAGUUUUACAUCAGAGCUCCAAAGAAAUGAGGCCACCGUGUACGGACACAUUCAUUGCUGCAAUCUGAGGAUUCUUUUCCUUGAAAAGCCGAAAGUCGAUUCUGGUCACUUGUGCUGGAUUAUUUCAAAAUAUUGAUAUACCGUCCAAAUAAUCAUUUUGGAAAAUACCUCUGUCUAGUGUGUUUGUUGAAACUUUCUAUAUUUGUAGGAACCAAAUGGCGAAAAAUGAGAAAACUGUUAACACCAGCUUUCCACUUUUCAAUCCUACAACAAUUUAUCGACUCUUUUGAGGCGAAUGGUGUGAAAUUAGUUGAAAAACUGAAGAAGAUGGAUGGGAAGGAUAUAGAUAUAUAUCGAUACAUAACUUUGUAUUCACUAGAUGUUAUUUGCGGUUCGUCGAUGGGCGUAGCUAUCAACGCCCAAGAGAUAGAGGACUCCGAAUACGUUAAAAACGUGAAACUCCUCUGCAAAAUCGUAGCUCAACGACAAAACAGAGUUCAAGAACGACUGUCAAUAUUCUAUUGGAUGUUCCCCAAUUACUGGAAAGAAAGAAAUGCUGUUCGAAAAAUCCAUAAUUUUACAUAUUCAGUGAUAGAUUCUAGGAGGAAACUCUUGAAUGAGACUUCAACAACAGAAGAAGAUGGCGAGAAUUGUGAAACCAAGAAGAGAGUAGCGUUUUUGGAUAUGCUUUUGCAGUCGACUAUAGAUGGGAGGCCAUUAACUGAUGAUGAAAUAAGGCAGGAAGUAGACACCUUCAUGUUUGAGUCGGAAAGUGGUGCCGGAUAUUUUCAAAUAUGCUAUAUUACCAAGUCUAAUCAAACUAUAUGUAGUAAUAUUUCAUAGUUGGUCAUAGUGAAAAAAAUUCUAUAAGUACGUACCUCGAUGGAGGCCAUUAUUGUCCUCGAAUACUUCUCCACCAAGGGACAUGAUACUACUGGAUCUGCCAUGAGCUUUGCACUGUUCCUUCUGGCAAACCAUCCAGAUAUUCAAGAAAAAGCGUUGGAAGAACAAAAAAGUAUAUUUGCCGGUAACAUCCUAAGGCAAGCAACUUACGACGACCUACAAAAUAUGAAAUAUCUAGAAUGUGUUAUAAAAGAAACUUUGAGACUGUAUCCAUCAGUACCAUUUUUUGCUAGAAAAACCGAUAAAGAUGUCGAAUAUAAAGGUAAUAUCAUUCCAGCAGGACUCAAUAUAGGGAUAUUUGCUUAUGGUAUGAUGAGGAGCUCAGAGUUUUACCCAGAUCCUACAACGUUCAAUCCCAGCAGAUUUGAAGAUAAUGACGGGAAGAAGCCAUAUUCUUAUAUAGCUUUUAGUGCUGGCCCUAGAAAUUGUAUAGAUAAUCAUAAUGUCGAGUCGAAGUAGGCGAAUUCUUCAAGCGGCACUGGAAAAUAUCGAAAAUGAUAAAAAUGUAUGCAACGAAAGCUCACAUUGUGUUUACGGAGAAGCAGAUCAAAAGGAUUUAGGCAUGGAUAGUGAAUGGGAGGAGUGCAUUGUCAGUCAUAUUGAUGGCACUGUUAUACCAAUUUCGUUUACUGAUGAAGCAUUUAUAAUAGAAGAGGAAGUGGAAGAUUCUAACGUAGAGCACACUUCAGCGAAUCCAGUGAUGGAGGUGAAUACUGUGCAAAAUCAAACUACGGAUGUAAAAACACAAAACGAUGGAAGAGAUUUGGAUGAAGUGCGCACAUCAAUCGAACAAAAUGGGGGAACCCUUGGAGAGGGAGGUAAUAGUUCAUGCUCAAGUUCGUGGUCAGAUAGUCCAGUUUCACGUAUAAGUAAGAAACGUCUUAAAGCCAAAAAAAGCAGAGUUGCCGGGUUAUCUUAUGUUGGCUACAAAAAAUCUGAUGAUGGUAAAAUAAAACAAAAUUGUAUGAAGACAUCGAGAUCAGUAAAGGAGCGUUGUAGUCACACUUUAUGCGGUAAGAAAAGUGAAAGAAGUUUUCUUUGUAACAUGGUAUCUGAAAACGAUAGGCAACGAAUUUUCAAGAAAUUUUGGAAUUUUAGUAGCUGGCCUGAAAAGAAAGCAUUCGUUAAAGGAUUGACUAGCACCAGAGAUGUUAGAAGAAGGAGAAAAGACGCAAACAAUAACUCAAAAAAGAAAGAAGGACACGAUAUAUUCUUGCCGAAAUGUAAUGGAGAAAGAGUAAGGGUUUGCAGACGUUUCUUUAUUAAUACACUUGAUCUAGGGGAAGAUACAUUUAGGAGAUGGGUUAGACGAAGCGACACUUUUGCAGAAAACGAAACCGAACGGGACGACAUACCGAAACGGAAGAAGAGAACAAUAGCAGAAGGAGUUAAGAAGAAAAUUCACAAUGAAAUGAAAAACAAUAUUUUAAAAUGGUUAGCGCUGCUCCCUAAGGUUCCUAGCCAUUAUUGCCGAAGUACAAGCAGUUGUACUUACGUAGAAUCGACAUUUAGAUCUCUGUCACACAUGUAUAGUGUAUAUGAAGACUGGUGCAAAAGUAAUGAUACAAAGGCAGCCUCAAGAACAUUCUUUUUAGAUGUCCUUAAGCAGGAAAAAAUUAAGAUACAUUCACCUCGUAAGGACCAAUGCGACAUAUGUUGUGGGUACAAGGUAAAAUCGGUUUCCUACGAUGAAUAUCAAAAGCAUAUCAUUAUGAAAAACGAAGCUCGAGAUGCAAAGAAUAAAGCAAAGGCUGAGGCUAAUGACACACAUCUCGUCCUGACUAUGGAUCUACAAAGUGUUUUAUUAUGCCCUAAAACUGAUGCCUCUAGGAUGUAUUACAAACAGAAGCUACAACUACACAAUUUUACUAUUUUUGUGCUAAAUAACAAAGAAGUAUCUCUUUAUGUCUGGCAUGAGUCAAAUGGCGGAGUAUCCUCGAACGAGUUUGCCACAUGUGUGAUAGAUUUUCUGUCAUCUUGUGAACACAAGUACCAAACAGUUACGUUAAUAUCUGAUGGCUGCACAUACCAAAAUCGAAAUAAGGUUCUAGGUAGUGCUCUGCGUGAUUAUGCAGUGCAGUCAGGAAUUCUUAUCAGACAACUCUUUUUAGAGAAGGGCCACACCAUGAUGGAGUGUGACAGCGUACACGCUUCGCUUGAGAAGUACUUCGUCCCACCAAUAAAUUCACCUAGCGAUUAUAUUGCUCAAAUGAGAAGCGCUAGACCCAAACAACCAUAUAAAAUCAACGUACUGGAUUACAAAUUUUUUCUCAAUUUCGAAAAAUUGCCAACAAAUCUCCGAUCUUUGCGACCUGGGAAGAAAGUGGGCGAUCCACACGUUGUGGACAUCCGAGCACUGGAAUAUCGCCCGACUGGCGAUAUAUUUUACAAAAUACGGCACAGUGAGGAAUUUGAAGAGUUACCCCAACGAGUUUUCACACGAUAUGUUCAAAAACCACCUCCAUUGUAUUCCUGUGAAAUUCCCAUAGCUGAAACGAAAUGGAAAUGCCUUCAAGAACUAAAAGGUGUGAUAGAAGAAGAGCAUCAUCAUUUUUAUGACAAGUUGACCUUCAAAAAAGACAAAAACACUGUAAAAAAGUGCAAUUCCAACUCGUAG